UCGCAUCCUCCGACUCACCAACUUUUACUUAGCUCAGAGUUUAUCUCCAGGAUUUCCCGCGCGUAGGCAGCAGCAACCUGCGACUGCGAGCACAAGAGCAAAGCUAGAGAGUUGUUGGGAGGAAUCCAGGUGUUGGUGGGGAGGGGAGGUGGCCAAGCACAAGCAGGGUGAGGAGUUGGGCAGUUUGGAGGAGAGAGGAGAUAGAUGGAGACGGACAGCCCGCGGAGCCCGGAGGCGGCGAUCGGGCACCGGGUGGAGGACCUGUGGGAGAUUGCGCAGCCGCAGCUCUCGCCCUCCGAGAAGCUCAACUCAUGCUUCGAGGACAUCCCCGUCGCGUCCUUCCCGCGAGCCCACCCCUCCCAAGUAAUCGAGAUACCUUCGGAUGCCAGCCUUGCUGAUACUGUUGAAACAUUAUCUAAAAACAAAAUUUUGAGUGCACCCAUAAGAAAUGUCGAUGCCCCAGAGGAUGCUAGUUGGAUAGAUAAAUACAUCGGUAUUGUGGAAUUUGCUGGUAUUGCGAUGUGGUUGCUUCAUCAGACGGACGCUUCACCUAAUGGGACAGCUGGUUCUGCAGUUGGAUCGCCUGUAGCCAAUCUAGCAGCUAGGUUAGGCUCAUUCACAUUCAGAAGAACGUCGUCUGGCAGGGUAGAAACUACCACUGAUUCAGAAUCAGAUGAAGCAGCAUCAGUUGGUGGAAGCUUUUUUGAAACCCUUACUUCCUCUGAGUUCUAUAAGAACACAAAGGUUGGCGACAUCUCAGGAAGCUUCCGAUGGGCACCAUUUCUUGCCUUGCAGACAUCUGACACAUUCCUCACCAUGUUGCUUCUUCUAUCCAAGUACAGGAUGAAGAGCCUCCCAGUGGUAGAUAUGGGGGGAGAUCACAUUGAGAAUAUCAUUACACAAUCUUCAGUUGUGCACAUGCUUGCAGAGUGUGCUGGACUUCCUUGGUUUGAAAGCUGGGGAACUAAGAAACUCUGUGAUCUUGGUCUUCCUCUGAUGAAGCCAUACAAACUUGUUAAGGUAAAUGAAGAUCAGCCAGUCCUAAAAGCCUUCCAACUGAUGAGGGAGAAAGGUGUUGGUGGUCUGCCAGUUAUGGACACAAGUGGAACAAAAGCAAUUGGUAAUAUUAGCAUCAGAGAUGUCCAAUAUCUUCUGGCUGCCCCCAAGAUAUACAAACAAUACAGGACGAUCGCAGCGAAGGAUUUCCUUACCGCGGUCCGGCAUCAUCUCCAGGAGCAACAGGAGGCUUCCCCCUUCCUGCAUGACGUCAUCACAUGCAAGAGGGACGACGCGAUUAAGGACAUCAUACUGAAGCUGGACUCGGUGAAGAUCCACCGGAUCUACGUGGUCGACGACAAGGGGGACGCCGAGGGGGUGAUCACGCUGAGGGACAUAAUCUCCAAGCUGGUGCAUGAGCCCCGCCACUACUUCGGGGACUUCUUCGACGGCGUUGUUCCUCUACCCGCAAACAGCACCGUAUGACGCGAAAAUGUACAUUAUCUUUGGCUCCCUUCACUCCUUUUUCUCGAGCUGUAGUUGUUUCAUGUGUAGUUCCUUCCGCGAUCUCCUUGGGUUGACAGACAAUUGUCCACCAGGAGAACUAAUGGGUGACAGUGUGCAGUUAAAUAAUUUGAGAAUUAUCUGAGCUUUGCAAUGA